UGGCUGCAGCGCUGCGUAGUCGUUCUGUGGCGUCUCGGUCCGUUUCUAAAUCGCUUUUUCUCGAGUUAAGCUCCGGACCGCGGCUGUCGGCAUGUGGGCGGACCGACCCGAGGACGGAGAGCGGAUCCAGCGCUGCAAACAGGAGGUGGAAGAAGGUCCGUCUGAGCAGGUCUCCUGUAAGACUGAGCCGAACCCUGUGGAGAUCCUGGAGUUUGUGUUUAACGGUGAGGAGGAGCUCAUGAAGCAGGAGGCUGAAGAUGAACUGAACCCCAAACCAACACUGGAGCCUGACUGGAGCAGUGAAGACCAGCCAGCGCUGGAACCAGCUGUAAAGCUGAAUGGAGAUGUGCUCGUUAAGGAGGAGGAUGUUCUGGACGGUGGUGAAGAUGGUCCAGAGAACCAUGAAGAUGUUGCUACAGGAAGAGAUGAUGAAGAUGAUGAAGACGAGAGCAGAGAGGAGCAGGAACAGAGCUCACUGAAAUCUCAUCAGUGCCCUGAAUGUGGGAAAAUCUUCCAGUUUGCCUCAGUCCUGAAAGUUCACCGGAGAACUCACACCGGAGAGAAGCCCUUUCCCUGCUCUCAGUGUGGUAAAGAGUUCUCCUCCAUGAAGAGCCUGACGGAGCACCUGUACAUUCACAGUGGAGAGAAACCUCACAGGUGCCCGGUCUGCGAGAGGGGCUUCAGAACGGCUACGAACCUAAGAGCUCAUGAAAUGACUCACUCCGUCCAAAAGCCGUUCAGCUGCUCCGACUGCGGCCGAGGAUUUUCCAGGUUGAGCAACCUCAAACUCCACAUAAUGAUCCACAGAGGUGAAAGACCUUUCCCUUGCACCCAAUGCGGGAUGAGUUUUACUUCGGCUCACGUUCUGAAGAAGCAUGCCUACAUACAUGGCGGGCCUCACCAGUGCCCUGACUGCGGGAAGGUCUUCAGCGUUUUGCCGGAGUUCAAAGCGCACCAAAGAAUUCACACCGGCAACAAUCCAAUGACCUGCUCUGAGUGUGGGAAAGGUUUUUGGAGGAAGAGGGACUUCAAGGCUCACAUGAGAAUGCACACUGGAGAACAGCCUUCCUGCACUCAGUGUGGUAAGACCUUCACCAGCACCAGCACCCUAACCCACCACCUAAAGCUUCAUGCAGGACUCAAACCCCAUCAGUGCUCCCAGUGCGGGAAGAGCUUCGUGUGUCUUUCCGAGUUAAAAUUACACCAAAGAAUUCAUACUGGAGAAAAGCCGUUCAGCUGCGCUCAGUGCGACAAGAGUUUCACCAGCGGGGACUCUCUGAAGAGCCACAUGGUCAUACACUUGGAAGACAAACCUCACCAGUGCUCCGAGUGCAGGAAGAGUUUCAAACGUUCCUCGGAGUUGAAGGUGCACCGGAAGAUUCAUUCCGGAGAGAAGCCGCACACCUGCUCCCAGUGCGGCAAGAGCUUCCGCAGGUCCGGCGACCUUAAAAUUCACGUGAGGUUCCAUACGGGAGAAAAGCCCUUUGUCUGCGGAGAGUGUGGAAAGAGAUCUGCGACGGCAGGUCACCUUCAGAUCCACAUGAGGAUGCAUUCUGGAGAGAAGCCGUACGUCUGCUCUGAGUGUGGGAAGGGCUUUGUUACGCUGUCGCAUCUCAAAUCCCACCUGUAUGUUCAUACAGGGGAAAAGCCGUACCAGUGCUCCGAGUGCGGGAAGGGCUUUUCUCAGCUGAGCAACUUGAAAACACACAGCAAAACCCACCGACCAAAAUCCUGAGAUCUCAUCGUUACCCCGCCAAAGCCAACGGUUGCAAAGCAAGCUGUAAUUGGGAUUAUGGCUGAAACAGCAGCGAGCCUGGGAUUUUUUUAAUGGGACCUUCUAGAGGUGGGAGAUACGGAAAAAAAUAUAAUAUUGCAAUACUUUAAGAAAUUUUCAUGGUGCACGAUACGUCACGAUAUUUAUUUUUUCAGACUAUAACGAUAUAUAUUGUUAUAUUGCCCUGUCCUAGACCUGACCUGAUGUGAUGAUCUCAUAAUAUUGCUAAAUAAAGACAUGUUGGUAAACCUCAA